AUGGAAAAUUGUCUAAAGAAUAAAGUGGUCAUUGUGACUGGAAGCAGUUCCGGUAUUGGAGAAGCUAUUGCUGUAGAAUUAGUAUCUCAAGGAGCAAAAGUUGCUAUAAUUGGUAGAAGAGAACAUAAACUGAAAUUAGUAGCAGCAAGAUGUGAACUAGUUGGUAAAAAGACAUUGGCAAUCAGGGCAGAUGUGACUAAAGAUGAUGAUAGAAGAAUGAUCAUUAAAAGGACAAUAAAACAUUUUGGGAAGUUAAAUGUGCUUGUGAAUUGUGCUGGUGUAGCCAAAUUCAUCAGUAUUUUGUCCAAUGAAGCAAUUGAAAUGUUUGAUGAAGCUUUGUCCAUCAAUCUUCGAUCCAUUGUGCAUUUGGUUCAUCUUUCGGCUUCAUAUUUGAUUGCAAGUAAAGGAUCCAUUAAUAAUAUUGGAAGUGUUGGAGGUAUCGCUCCGAUAGCGUCUGAGAAAUUUUCUUACUGUAUUUCCAAGGCUGCAUUACAUCAUUUUAAGAAAUGUUUGGCUUUAGAGCUGGCUAGUAAGAAUGUCCGAGUGAAUCUUAUUGCCCCGGGCCCAGUGAGAACAUAUACCAGAUUCAAACCGACCACUUAA